AUGAGCAAGUUGUUCGUCUCGGUGGCUCUCGGGCUCAUGCUGCUCAAGCUGCACACUUGGGUGGCGAUCGUCCGUGUGCACUCGAGUCUCGUGCUCAACUUUCUCUACCUGAUCUUCACUGUGCUUAUGUUCUGGAGCUAUUGGCGUGCCAUGUGGACUCGACCGGUAAACAGGAAGCCCAUCAAUGAUACCGAGCGUGUGAGUCGCUACUGCGAACGCUGCGAUGCAAACAAGGCCGACCACGUGCACCACUGUUCGGUAUGCCAACGAUGUGUGUAUCGCAUGGACCACCACUGUCCUUGGACGGGGAAUUGUGUUGCCUGGAACAACAAGAAGUUCUUCCUUCUCUUCCUGUUCUACACGUCGCUGAGCUGCGGUGUAUUCAACGUUAUGGUGUCUCCAAUGGUGCGGGAAGCGAGGUUUCAACAGCACGAAGUGCUACUCAAGUUUGGGUGGGUAAUGACGCUGGGCGUUGGACUGCUGCUGGCUGGAUACUUUACGUUCCACUUGUGGCUACUACGGGAAGGCAAGACGACGCUCGAGUUCUUAACGAGUAAGAGAGGAGAGUUAGCGGACUGCAGUUUUACACACAAUGUGACGGUAUACUUCGGUCGCGACAAGUGGAGCUGGUGGCUUCCCACGAAGCCGACGCUGGACGCUGCAUUGGGAGGUCGGAGGGAGGCAGACGACGACGGAGAAGAAACAGUGCAACUCGUGGUGGAAUAG